AUGGCUCCUCCACCGCGCCUGCGCGUUUUGUCAGUCGGCAGCAACGCUAUCUCAGCUUUUCUGUCCUGGAGGCUCCAGGCGUCAACCUCCUGCGAUGUAACACUAGUCUGGAAGUCGGGAUUUGAAGCGGUUUCGCAAUACGGAGUGUCUUUCAAGUCGAAAGCCUUCGGCAAUGAAAGAUUCAAGCCUCGUCACGUGGUACGCUCACCGGAAGAGGCGGCAUCGCGAGAAAAUGCCUAUGACUAUGUAAUUCUUUGCGUGAAGGCAUUGCCCGAUGUAUACGACCUGGCCGCAGUGAUUGAAUCCGUGGUUACCCCUCAACAUACCUGUAUUUUGCUCAAUACCACCAACACCCUUGGCGUCGAAUCACACCUCGAGCAACGGUUCCCUACGAAUGUUGUCCUCUCGCUCGUUUCUGGCGUGGAGAUUUCACAGAUUGGACCCAGCGAGUUCGAGCACUUGAACUCGUCAAAUAUCUGGGUUGGUGCUACCAACAAGAAUUCGAACAUCCCUUCGUCAAUGCAAACCGACAUGGCCUCCGCCUUGGCAAUGACCUUGAACUCCGGUCAAGUGGACUGCAAAGUUUCAAACAACAUCAGACAAGAGCAAUUUGAGCGUAUUAUAGGUCCCAUCGCGUUUUACCCGACAAGUGUCAUGUUUGACAGUGGGAACGUCACGGAACUCCUGCAGAAGGUCGGCGUACGGCAAUUGGUGACCGACGUGAUUGAUGAGCUCAUCACACUGGCUAAAGCACAUGGAUGCUCUUUCCCCAGUGACUUUUCGCAGAAGACAAUGGAUGCGAUGGCCGCGUCUCAAUCACCUAACGCAAUGUACCAGGAUUUCCAAGCUCGUCGUCCCAUGGAGAUCGAGACAUACCUCGGGUCACCGAUCAAGCUGGCAACCGAACUCAGCAUUCGACUUCCUCGUAUCGAAACCAUCUAUGCUAUUUUACACCACGUUAAUACCACUAAUUUGAGCAAACCUCGUGAAUCCCCCACCCCGUCCAUCCAAGCCCCCCCGCCUUCACAACCCACCCGGAUGUCUUCGGCUCCCCCACCACGGAAUGGCCCUCCCAUGCGUCCACCCCCCGGCAGGUCGAGUUCCGCAAUGAUGAUGCCACCUUCUCGACGCGGACCGCCGAUGCCUGGAAUGCCGCGACCCAGCAGCACACAACCUCUACCAGCUGCUGCCAGGAUGCCCCGUGAGCCGUCUCUAGAGGGUCUGGAGGAAUUCAGCCACCUGGUCGUUUAUGAUGAUGCUGGCGAAGCUGGACCUCCCCCGAGAAAUCCCAACGGUUACCCAGAUGGUCCUCCUGGCCCUGGCCACUCGCAGUCGACUGCUGACUUGUCCUUGAGAGAACGAGAGCUGGCGUUGCGGCAGCGUGAGUUGCAGCUUCGAGAACACGAAAUGAGCAUGAGACGGGGUCCACCCCGCAGGGCUGCUCCCUCCAGAGCCACUUUCGACGAAGAAGAUGAGGAUGAUUACUUCGAUCCUAUGGAUACCAGCCUGGUCCCAAACAUCGACCCCGACAAUGUGGAUAUGAUGAGUAUCACAUCUCGAAGAGCUAAGAAAUACCCGAGCGCCAGCCAAAUACGGAAGAACCCCGAGAUUCUUUCCAAUGGCGGCGGCGGCGGCGGCCGUUCGUCUACGUUCAGCCGCUACUUUGGCGGAGGAAGGAAGCGUGCCAGCGAUCGCAUCAUGCAGGAGAUCCCCGGGCUUCACGAUUCCCUGCUGGACAACCCCAUGAUGGCUUACUCAUCGAAUCGGUAUGGCUCUGUGGAUAGAAACCAGAUGGCUGCAGGUUCACGUACCAAUUCCAUGACCACGAGUCGAAUGGGCGACUAUCCUCCGCACCCCUACCCACAAAGUCGGAGAAACAGCCAUUCUCCCGCAACUCCUUACGGUGGCCCACCGGGUCCUCGUAUGGGCCGUCCGGCCACUGCUCAGGAUCAACACUUCGGUCCUCCCCCCGGGCCUCCGAAUGGCGGUCACCCAUCUCCUCCGGGACACAUGCGGGCACCUGUUCCCAAGUAUCCCCCAGGACAUGGUAAUGCGGUAGGCCCGCAACAAGUUGAGCAACACAUUGGGGUGAGCAAUUCGUAUCCCACUAAGGGCACUCCAAAGGAAAGAAGUCUGACUGGAAGUGCGAGCGCCAGCGCGGGGAGUGGUGACAGCGGCGCUAGUGCGAACCUCGAUUCCGAGAAUUCAGCCCACAGCAGCCAGAUCAGCCUCGGCGCGCAGCAAGCUGCGGCGCCUGUUCGUUGA